AUGGGUCGAAUUUGGAAACAAUUCAAAACGCCGGAUGGUAGAGAUUACUACUUCAAUACUUUGACACAGACGUCUACUUGGGAAAGACCAAAAGACCUAGAUGAAGACGCUGGUAAGCAAGACCGAAACAAGAAGCGGAAACUGGAUGAAAAACCGAAAUUUGCCAUUUUGUUGGCCAACGAUUGGUAUUUGGUCAUCACGAGUCUGGGGAACAGAUAUUUUUUUGAUUCUGGGUCUGGGCGAGUUUCUGACGAGUUGGAUGAUGAAGCGUCACAAGAAAUAAUGCUACGAGUUAACCGUGAGAAACUCGUUUUGUUGAUAGGUGUGGCUCGCGGUUAUGAUUACAAAGGACGCGACGCUUAUGGCGAGGUAGUUGGUGAGAUUGAGUCCAUUCGAAAUAGUUUAAGUGACAAAAAUAUUUCUGAAGGUCCUGAAAGUGCAACAUCGAGCCCCGAGGAGAAUUCUGCGACUCCGCAAGGUGAAGCAGGUAUUGUUGCUGGAUACAGUUCCAGCGAUGAUGCUGAGAGCGAUGCUGAAAGUGACGACGAAAUAGGUCAGAUCCUUAUUGAAGAUGUUGACGAAACGUCCGUCGCAGAUCGGGAACAAGCUUUCACACAACUGUUUGCCAAAUAUGAACUGGAUCCGUUUUCGACGUGGAGUUUACAAUCAAAGCAAAUUAAUGCCGAUCCGGAGUACUACUUGAUCAAGGACGAAGCGCGUAGAAGCGAAAUAUUCGAAGGUUGGUGCAUAAAAGUGCUAGCAGACGCUUCAAAAGGCAAUGAACAUAGUAUCGUCGAUGAGUCAGGACUCGAUUCUGAUGACAGUGACGAAGCCCAAUUCGAACCUACCAAAUAUCAUUAUCUGGCUCACAUUGUCUCCAAGAGCAACAUUAAACCGACGACCAUUUACAAAGACGUGAAGUCUGAAAACAAGCAUUUAUUCAAUCAGUUUCGCGUUAAGGACACCAUCACGAAACGGGAACAGGAGAACUUCGUAGCGAAGCUGUUGUUUUACUACAAAAAGUUGAGUCUCGACGAGAGGCAAGCAACGUUUACCGAGUUUCUGGAAUCUAAUAGAACCAAAAUUGAAGCGGGUCUUACAGACCGAGAUAAAUUAAAACAACUUAUAAACAUGGAAACGCUUCCAAAAAAAUCAUAUGAUAUCGAAACUUCUUUGCUUAAUAUCGAGAACUCUAUGGAUGUGUAUGGACGAAACGCAUUUCUACAGACAGAAGUGCGUUACUAUGUCCUGAGUAUCACAGAAAAGAUUAAAUGUUUGCAAAGAUUCUUCAAGCAGACCUUUUCCUAA